AUGGAAAACACGCAAAGCAUUUUUCCAGAAUUCAAAGGAUUCAUAUCAGGAAUAUUCGGAGGCUUGCUUUGUGUAGUUGUAGGACAGCCAUUUGAUAUAGUAAAAGUGAGGUUACAAAACUACGGCGGAUCUGCAUUGGGCACAUUUAUCGACAUAGGGAAAAAGGAAGGGAUUCGAGCUUUUUGAAAAGGAAGUUUGCCACCUCUAAUAGGGGUUGGCUUUGAAUAUUCAAUUGUCUUUGGGGUUGUAGAAAACUGUAAAAGGUGGGUAAGUCGGUAUAAUCAGCCUGGAGAAGUCUUGAGCAUUCCUCAGCAUGCUUUCUGUGGAGCUUGGUCAGGCGCUGUGAGUGCUAUAGCUUCGACGCCUGCAGAACAUUUAAGAAUUCGUAUGCAGAUCCAGGGGAAAAUAAAUACAUAUGGAGAUCCAAUUUAUAAAAGCUCAAUUGACUGUACUAGCUGGAUUUAUAAAACCCAUGGAAUCAAAGGAAUUUUUAAAGCAUUUUACCCCACACUUGUCAGAGACACAAUAGGAAUGACAACAUAUUUUAUUAUUUAUCAAGGAAUGGCUCGAAAAGUUUUUGGCGAUGACCACACAAAUGCUGAGGAUCUGGAUCUAAUCCGAGCAGGGAUCUGUGGUGGAACUGCUGGGUUUGCGUUCUGGAUCCCCAUUUAUCCAUUGGAUUCUAUUAAAUCAAGACUCCAGUGUGAUUCUUUUACAAAUCCUGUGUAUAAGUCAACAUACGACUGUUUUAUAAAAUCUAUAAGAAAUGAAGGCAUCAGCUGCCUUUUUAAAGGACUUUCUCCAUGCCUUCUAAGAGCUUUUCCAGUCAAUGCAGCUGUUAUUUUAGGUUUUGAAGCUAGCAUGUCGCUGUUUGGGAGAGAUUAUCGAUAA